ACCACGUGACGGACUCUCGUUGUCGGCGAGAACAUGCAAGAAAGAUGGCGACUUUCACGAAGUACACCGACCAACUGAAAGAGUUAACGGAAGGCUGGUCCAAAUGGGAUAUUGCUUUAUACGUCGGAGCGCCCAUUGCACUUGGUGUUGCCGGAUUAUGGUUUUAUUCACGUGGAAAACACUCAAGUAAUGAAGACGAUAAAGGUCAAGGAGAAGGUGUUAGUAGUGAAAACACAUUACAAAAGUCGUUAGCGAAAGAUUCCAAGACCAAAGAGCACCAGCCACAGAGUCGCCAAGACCUUGCUCAAGCUGCCAAAAACAAAGGUAAUAAAUUUUUCAAAGAUGGGAACUAUGAUGAAGCCAUUGCAUGUUACACAGAGGCCAUCAAGACCUGCCCACCUGACAUCAAAUCUGAUAUGUCCACCUUUUAUCAGAAUAGAGCGGCAGCGUUUGAAAAUCAGAAAAAAUUUGAGAAUGUAAUCCAAGAUUGUACAUCAGCUUUACAAUUGAACUCUAAAUAUUCCAAAGCACUAGCUAGACGUUCAAAGGCUUAUGAAGUCUUAGAGAAGUACAGAGAGGCUUUAGAAGAUAUUACCAAGGCAUGUCUGAUAGAAGGUUUUCAGAAUAGUGCAUAUCUUCAGGCUGCAGAUAGAGUGCUAAAGACAUUAGGAAAAUUCAAGGCAUCUGAAGAGUACAAGACUAAGAAACCCACUCGUCCUUCUGAGUUCUAUGUAGAAAACUAUCUGGCAGGUUUUGUCAAUGAUCCUGUCGCCCUUAAUUUUACACAUAUCCAAAACUCAACUAAGUUUGAUGAGUUAGGUGUGAAAAUCAAGCCAGAUUAUAUAGGAGAAAAUGGUGCUGUCAUUCAGGAAAAAUCAUCUGCAUUUGAUAGAGCUAAAGAGUGCCUGGUAAAACACGAAUAUGACAAAAUAAUAGGACUUUGUGAUGAGGAGCUGAAAAAUGAGGCCACUUCAAAUCAUGUUUCUGAGGCACUGCUUCUCCGUGGGACAAUGCGCUUGUUGCAAGGCGUGACUAACGAUGCUCUUGCAGAUCUUGAACGUGCAGCCAAUAUGGAGCAGGCAGAUAAAACUCUGCGGGCCACAGCAUUCAUCCGAGCUGGAAGCCUACGUAUUCAGCGAGAGACAUCGGAAGAAGCCCUGGCAUAUUUUGAUAAAGCUGAAAAAUUGGAUCCUGAAAAUUCUGAUGUCUACCAUCAUCAUGGCCAGCAACUUCUUCAGCUAGAGAAAAUUGAUGAAGCUAUUGCUAAGUUUGACAGGAGUAUCAAACUGUCCCCCAACUUUCCCACUUCCUAUGUGCAGAAAUACUAUGCAAUCCACCGAAAGGCAAUAGUCAGUGAAAACCUUUCCUGUCUUUCUGAUGCUAAAACUGGGUUUGAGAAAACAAUUGAAAAGUUUCCAGAUUGUAGUGAUGCUUUGAUCCUGUAUGCUCAGGCUUUGAGCGAUCAAGGAAAGUUUGAGGAAGCAGAGAAAUAUUUCAAGAAGGCUCAGGAUGUUCAACCACGCAAUGCUAACAAUGUAGUUCACAGAGGGCUAAUGAUGCUGCAGUGGGAUGGCAAAGUAGAUAAGACAUUGGAGUUACUGAACGAAGCGCUCAGAAUAGAUCCAACUUGUCAGUAUGCUUAUGAAAUUAGGGGAACUAUUGAGGUUCAGAGAGGCAACUUACCAGAAGCUGUGAAAGCCUUCAAGAAAGCCAUUGAAUUAUCCAACUCUGAAGGAGAAAUGGCACAUUUGUUUUCUUUAAUGGAGGCUGCAGAAGUCCAGGUAAAGGUUGCUCGAGACCUUAAUAUCCAACUUCCAUCUAGCAUUGUCUCCUAAACCCAGAGAACACCAAAGCCAUGAAUGUGUCAGAUAAAAACUUGGAUGUGAUGUGUCUGGGUUCUCCAAGAUCUUUCAAACUAGCAGUGCGUUCAGCCCAAGAGCAUUUCUAUUUUCCAAGAUUUUGUGAUAGAUUUUGUUUUGUUUUCAUGAUGGAAAUAGCAUUACAUUUUAAAAAUAUUUUUUUUUAUCCUUCUAUUAUUAAAAUAUCUGAUAAAUAUUUUUUGCAAGCAAAACACAGAUGCUAAAUAUUAACUUUGUUUGAAGUGCGGUUCAUGUGUUGAGUGUGAAACUGUAGAGGCUUGUGUUUAAUGUCUAGCAAUGGUGGACCAAAAGUCUUAACUGUUUUGUGAGUGGAAUAAAUGUUUUGUUUUUUUGUGCCACUGGAUGAAAAUUGUGUGAAUUCAAUGUGACCCUCUAGAUCUAAUGUAAGGAUGGUGUAGAUAUUUUUUGCUUCAUAAAAUAGUGAAGAAAAAUGAAUGUUUUUAACAAGUUUUCUCUGGUACUAAGAUGUUUUAUUAGUUCAUAUUUUGCAAUUUCUAUAGUCUUUGUACUAUAUGGUUUAUACUUUAAAAAAUAUAAAUAUACAAAUAAGUUAUUAGUUGUACUUUUAAAAACACUAUAAUCAAACAUCCUUUAGUAUGAUUUCUCAUUGUCUGACCGUAAGAAACUGGCCAUAGUUCAAUGUAUUUCUGUUAGCAUCAGAAUCGUUAGUAACAUAGUUCAGUGCACUGUGCCAUCUUAGCUACUGUCCACCAAUGUCAUGGUUGGACAUUGAGGAUGUCCACACAGCUUGUAUAUCUUUAACACUAUGGUGUUCAUAGCCUCAUUUUCCAAUCCACAUUAAAAACCAGUGAAAGAUGUUUCAUUUGUCUGCAACAUUAGUUUUUAUGUGGUCUCUAAAGACUUCACUAGCUCCAUCUAGAAAUGUUCAUUCUCUAGGAUCAGGUUGUGUACAUAGAGCAGCGUGUACAUCAUGUCAUUUAUAGCCAAUGGAUGAAGUCUGUUGGUGCAGGCCAACAUAUUUUUGUGUUUAUUGUUUUAUUCUCAUUUCAAAUAAACAGUUGAAUCAACAGGAACCAUCAA